GAAGAAGAAGUCUGUCCCGCCCCUCCACUUCCGGCUCAGGGGGCAACACUCUCUGGCAACACUAAAAAAAUAUGUGUGGUAGUCAAUGGCGACUGAGACAACUUUUUAUUCCGUCUGAACUGUGCCCUGAAUUACACAUAUGAUGUUUGUCAAUUUAAAAGAUAAUUCUGAAAGUCAAAAACGUCUCAGUUUAUCAUAAAACAGAAGACUAGCUUUUAGUUUUAUGUGAAAAUCGCUCAGUGAACUACAUCUCCCGGGAAGCGAAACAUGCUGGGAGAUUUCUGAAGAACACAAAGGAAAACAUUGCGGAAUACGUGUGGCAAUACGAAGCUGGCUCCUCCACUGCCUGUCACGAUGCCUGCUUUACUGGAGAGACCAAAGCUGUCCAAUGCGAUGGCCAGAGCCCUGCAUAAGCAUAUCAUGAAAGAGAGAGAGAGAAAAAGACAAGAGGAGGAAGAAGUCGAUAAGAUGAUGGAACAGAAAAUGAAAGAAGAGGAGGAGAGGAAACGAACUAAAGAAAUAGAGGAGCGAAUGUCUUUGGAAGAGACUAAAGAACAGGUUCAAAAAAUGGGUGAGAAAUUACAGGUUUUGCAAGAGGAGAAACAUCAGCUCUUCUUGCAGCUUAAAAAAGUCCUUCAUGAGGAGGAAAGGCGUCGCAGAAAGGAGCAAAGUGAUAUUACAUCACUGCCUUCAUCCAGUUAUCAGUCCAGCUUACCUCUGCACUCAGGACAGCAUCUACUCAAUAUACAAGGAAGUCCAGUGGGUCACAAUAGAGCCGGUGGUUUGUUAGGGGAGCGCAGUAAACAGUUGUUUCAGACACCUCUGAUGCCUGGCCAUCAAUUCUCCAGUCAAACAGGUUUCCUCACUGGUUCCUCUGAGCAUGGGCAGUUCACGGGUAGCGCUGCAGUCCAUGAGCCUUUUGCAGUCACCCAGGCCCAGCACCACACCUCUUAUGGGCAUGCUACUUCUGUGCCCAUUAGCUUUGCAGGCACCACCCAGAUCAGAGGCACACCUUUCCAGAGCAUGCCAUUCCUGUCCCACCAGCCUCAGGGUUAUGCUGUCCACAGCCAUUUCACUGCCCAGUCAGGAUUCAUCCCUAGUGCUAGUAUCCCCCUUCAGAAACAGCUUGAACAUGCUAAUCAGCAGUCUGGCUUUACUGACUCUGCUGCUCUUAGACCCAUGCAUUCACAGGCUUUACAUGUGAGUGCAGCUGGUCUGAUGUCCACUCCAUCCAUGGCUGUCCAGAUCUCUACUGCAAAGGCUCCAUUCCCGAGUUCAUCUCAACCAGCGUCACGUCUUGCCUUCGUCCCUCACGCUCAGGCUGGACAGAGAUUCUUCCACCAUGGAAAACCACAUUAACUACUAAAACUAUGGCCAUGCCAAGGUGCCAGGAUACAGAAAACUCUUUUGAAAACCCAGUCAAUUUGAAUUUGCUUUUUAAAUAUUGUAAUAAAUGUCCCAUACAGCAAAUAUAGUUAGAUUAUCAACAUUAUAUCUACUCACUAUGAAAAGAUUUGUCGAAGUUAUUAUGAUGCUAAAAAUGCAAGGUGGUACUUUACGUCAGAGGAUCGACGUCCAGAAAAAUUGAAAAUAAAGUGCCAAAGGUUGAAUAAGCUGUGCUUUCCCUGCAAGACCCUUGUAAACUUUCUUUUCCCUUGAAAUUUAGCAAGAAUUGUCUGUGUAUUUUAACUUUAUAAUAAGUUUGAAGUCUUAGUGAUGCAGUUUAAUAGCUGUAAGAAAUGUCCUACAUUACACGAGUACUUUCUCAAAUAACUGGGGGUUGUUUUAUUUAAUGUCUUUCUUAGAGUUUGCCAGCAGCAGCCAUGCCAUUGAGAUCAAUAUAUUACAGAGCCAAAAUACAUCACAAAUGGAUAUAGACAUUUAUAUGUGCUCUUUUUAAUAUUGACUUGGUUGUCUUGCUAGAAUACAUUUUUGUUUAUUUCUAUUUUAUUUUUGAAAAAGUCUUGCAAAACAAAAACUCAUUUACUCAUACUGUAGUCAAGUGUAAUGUACAUGAGUCAAAUCUGGCCUAUAUAGCCUAGGAUUGAAUUUAACGGGGACAAUAAACAUUUGUUCAAAAAUUCAUUCAACCCUCAAACUUAAGAAAGGGUUUGGUCUGUCUGACAAGUGAAAACAGCAAGCAUUAAGCAAACCAUUAUAGGCCAAGACUGAGUACAUUACAGGCAGAAGUUUGUUUAUUUCAAGAAGAGAUCUAAGGCUUAUGGCACCUCCUUCCACCUCACAGAAAUCUUGAUAAAAUUGUAUUGUUGUCUUCCACUGUGUUAUCUCCCAGUUUUUUGUUUAUGAAGGGGGUUGGGGGUGGUGCUAAAAGUGAUCUGAAGUCUUUCUGCAUCCAUCCAUUCACCAGCCUGUGUGAUAUUUUCACUCCCUGCUUAAUGGUCUUUUGCUUUAAACUACCAGAAGAUAAAAGGGAAGUUAUGCAGAACACUUGGUCCUGUGAUACAAAACUGCAUCCUAUUACACAUAUUGCCUUUGUAUCUGUCCUUCACAGGAGAUUCUGCACUUGAAUGUUUUCAUUCAAGAAUGUUUACUUCCCCUCUGCACCCUUAAUUGCUUGUAAAUAAAAUGAACCACAUAACAGACCUCUUGUAGCUAUUUGCUACUUAAUUUAAGAUAACAAAGAACAUAUUUGGGACAGAUAUUGUUUUAUAUAAAAAGUGUCACAAGGACACUCAUACUAACUGGAGAGAUUAUGAGGUGCCCUCCUCAAAAGAAAAAAAAAGAUAAUGUCCCACACCAGACAUACAUUACAAUGGUGCUUUAGUUCACUGUCCAUGAAUUCCAUUUCCAAGAAUUUAAUUUAGUUUGGAACAUUUUGAAUAUUAAAUUUAUUUCCUAAAUUUUAACCUACAGAUGGGCUAUAAAGUACAGAGAGGGAGAAAUAAAGAAAGAAUAAAAAAGGAGGGAAGAUAGCAUUGCUGAGGUCUAAUUCUCUCCUUUCCGGAUCCGAAGCAUCUUGUCAACCCCUGAGAAAAGAGGAAGAGAGUAGUACAAGCGAGAGUGAGGAAAGAGAGUGAUAAAAGUAAAAUAAU